GGCACUUUCAACGUUUCUCAUAGAUGAGGGGCUCUUCAAGCAAUUUUCCCAUUCUAGUACGUUCUCGCGCCUCUCGCAAACCCUCGCUUCAAAACCCUCAAAAACCCUAAUACAAUCCACUUCCCAUUUUUGUAUGAAUCGAAAAUUAACGCUCUCUUCUUUCUCUGAUUCAAAUCGCGCCGCACUUUCUCCUUCUACUUCCCCCCAAUUUAGCUCGAAGAAUCGAAUCGGAAGAAGCGCUCAAGAGAGCUCCUUCAUCUGUCCAUUUAGUGAAAUGGAUCGAGCGGAACCCACACAACCCCGAAUCAACCGUCGGGGCGCUCCAUUCUCGUUUAUGCGCAAGUAAACAACAGUAAACAUAGCAUUUCCGAAGCAGUAAUUCCCAAGUAUCAAAAGAAGACAAAAAAGUUGAUAUUUUGAGGGUAUUAUCAUUGGAUAGUGACAAAAAUGCUUCCACAAGGAUAGUGUCGAGCGAUAGCGAGCAAACAGAUCUCAUUAGCAGGACGAAGGUCACCGUUAGGAGUCCCAUUACAUGGACAGUGUUCUUUGUAUUUUUCAUAUGAUGGAUGAAGAUCUCCGGCUUUUGCUUUUUAAAGAAUUGGAGAAUAUGAGGAAGGACCCGAGGAGCCACAAGACACAGAUGGAAGCUUUGAGAUCUUAUAUCAAAGAACUCGACAUUGAUACCCUCCCUCGCUUUCUCGCCCUUGUCUCUGAAUCUAAGGAUUUAGGCUUGUCAUCGAAAGAAUGUACUGUGUCCCUAUUAGAGUUUCUUGCACAAGCCCAUGGCCGUAAGAUUGUGCCUCAUAUUGAUACCAUGAUGUCCGAAAUUAUGGGGAUUAUGGCAACCAGCGGAUGGUCCUUCUCACUUCAGCACGCCUGCUCUAAAGCGGUUUCUUCAAUUGCACGGUUUGGUAUUGAUCCUUUGGCCCCAGACGAUGAGAAGAAGAGGAUUAUCACCUCCAUUUCCAAGCCUCUUUCUGAUUGCUUAUUGGGCACGCAAGAGAGCAUUGCUUCGUGUGCGGCUUUUUGCCUUGAGACCCUGGUGGAGUCUGAUAAUUGGCAAUUCGUUCCAGCAGAACUGGUGAACGAGACUUGUCUGAAAGUAGCAGGAGCUCUUGAGGAGAAGCAUACUCAGACAAAUUCUCACCUGGGCUUGGUUGUGGCUCUGACAAAACGAAAUCCUCUUAUAGUCGAGCCUUACGGCCGAUCCCUACUGAAGUCAGGACUGCAAAUUUUAACUUCUGCUGCAAAUGGGAGUUGCUCAGAGAAGCAGUUGCAGGCUAUUCAAAUGAUCAAAACUUUGAUGGUGAGUAUCGAUUCAAGAAGCAUAUCUUCUGAAAUUGGUAAUAUCGUUGGUGCCAUGAAAAAAUUCCAGAAUGAUCAGGUGCCAUUGGUCAGGCGUGCGGCUUUUGAAACAUUAGAGGUAGCUGAAGUAAUAGCUAGUGGAUCAACUGAAGUUUCUUCUUCCAGGUCACAAACUGUUGAUUCUUUUGAUUAUUUCCGCAUUCUUGAAUCACCGUCAUCGAUUGAGCAAUCUUCUUGUAGUAAUUGGUGUACUAGUGUGGCCGACACGAGACCACUGAAUAAAAAUUUCAGUGCUUUUACUUUGAGAUGCAGUGAUGGCUUUCGUCAUCAUACCAGCCCCAGCAGUUGUAAUUCAUCGGCCCCUCAGGAAGAGAAUUAUUGGAACGAACAGCUAAUUGAGACACAAAAUGUACACCCUGAGAUAUCCUGCAAAGCUGAUCAUGAAAGUUUUAUUCCAUAUGCAACAACCAAAGACACAAGUCCAAUCCUUCAGAGACCGAGACCAAUUAGUACAUCCUACGAUGUAAAGAUAUGCUCAAGUCCAAGCAAGUGUCUCCAGAAUCUUAAAAAUUCAUCCGGAGCAGUUUACGGGAUCCAUGAUGGAAAGCAUAGCAGGAUCGUCGGAAGCCCAGCUUUAAGUUGGGUUCGACGAAGUUCAGAAACGGCAUGUAGUGAUGAUAAUUUUUCUCAGAGUUUCUCUUGCAACUUGAGGGGAAGAAGGACCUUUGGGAAGGCGAGGCAAUUGAGUGAUCAGUGUCAUAUUCAAGAAGCUGCCCUCAUGACAGAUGAGAUUGCGGCCGCUGUUGGCGAUGUAGUAGCAGAUAGUGCUCGCAAAGACUUGUGCAAAGUGUGUCGCCGAGGCAAGAAGAAUAUUCAAAUUGCGAGCACAAAGCGUGGUAGAUGCGCUUUUGCUGUUUUGAUUUUGGUCCUCUGCCUUUUUGUGAUGUUCAGUGCCAUGAUCUUGUCGAUUUGGUGGAGCUGCGACAAUAAGGUGCUCUAUGUUGUUCCAACAUAGUGCUGUUUCAGCCUUCGGCUUGUUGUGUACCAUUGUUUUUGUACAUGUUGUACAUGUUGUAAUUGAAUGCUAUAGGUGAAGAUCUAUAUUCCUCCUCUUUUUUCUUUUCAAUGUUUCUGUUUUUUCUUUGCAUAAGCGCCGAGAGGGUUCAUCACCACAAGAGUGAAAUUAGGUAUAUCAGAACCAAUUGAGCUACACAUUGAAGGUCUCUGUCAACUGUCCUUGUAGGCUUUCAUAGGAUUGAAAACUAUAUGAAAGCUGUCGAAAUCAUUUUGUAUGGAUGCUGUUGAAAUGUGCCAUCAAAUUCAAAAUGGUUCAGUU